UAGAGAUGGGGCUUCAUCAUGUUGGCCAGGCUGGUCUUGAACUCUUGACCUCAAGUGAUCUGCCUGCCUCGGCUUCCCAUGAGUGCUGGGAUUACGGGCCUAAGCCAACGUGCCUGGCUGACGUUUUCUUUAUGUAUUAAUCAGUUUGAUUGAGGAAAACUUUAUAUGCAAUUAACUACAGCCAUUUAUAGUACGAUUCAGUGGAACCACUAGCAUAGCCGGGCUAUAGAAUAUUUCUGUUGUCCCCAAGACAUUCCUUGCCCCCCUUUGCUGUUCAACCCUUUCCACCACUGGUCUCAGAUAACCAUUUUUUGUCCCUAUAGCUUAGUUGACAUUUUCUACAAUUUCAUAUGGAUGGAAUCAUAUGGUGUGUACCCUUUUAUGUCUGACUUCUUUGAUACAUCAUAGUGACUGAGAUUCGUGUUAUUGUGUGAAUUGGCAGUUCCAUUUCAGGAAUAAUUUUUUGAGACGGAGUCGCCUAGUAGGUAUUCACUUCAUGACGAAUGAAUGAACGAGGCUGUUCCCUUUAGACUGGGCUCCAUCAUGGACAGCCCUGAGGUUUUCUGCACUUAUGUGUGCUGAGCCCCUGUCUUUCUGGUGUUGGCAGGACGAGCAGCUGAGGGCUCUGGUGAGGCAGUUUGGACAGCAGGACUGGAAGUUCCUGGCCAGCCACUUCCCUAACCGCACUGACCAGCAAUGCCAGUACAGGUGGCUGAGAGUUCUGAAUCCAGACCUUGUCAAGGGGCCAUGGACCAAAGAGGAAGACCAAAAGGUCAUCGAGCUGGUUAAGAAGUAUGGCACAAAGCAGUGGACGCUGAUUGCCAAGCACCUGAAGGGCCGGCUGGGGAAGCAGUGCCGUGAACGUUGGCACAACCACCUCAACCCUGAGGUGAAGAAGUCUUGCUGGACUGAGGAGGAGGACCGCAUCAUCUGCGAGGCCCACAAGGUGCUGGGCAACCGCUGGGCAGAGAUUGCCAAGAUGUUGCCAGGGAGGACAGACAAUGCUGUGAAGAAUCACUGGAACUCUACCAUCAAAAGGAAGGUGGACACGGGAGGCUUCCUGAGCGAGUCCAAAGACUGCAAGCCCCCGGUGUAUUUGCUGCUGGAGCUUGAGGAUAAGGACGGCCUCCAGAGUGCCCAGCCCGCGGAAGGGCAGGUGAGACAGCUGCUCAGCCUCCAACUUGGUUUGAUUUCACAUUCAUCUGACACCGUCUCAUUGAAUACCUUGUCUACAGCUAUUCAUCCGUUUCUGCCACAGAGUCUGAAAGUGGGCCAUGUGCUUCAGGGGCCUUGUGACACCUUUGCACGUAACUGGCACUUGUCUGCCUGCAGAUGAAGGAUAGCAGAGAAAGCUGAUUAUAUAAAACUAUGAAUUAGUUAAGGAGAUCCUCAGCCUCCAUCUGUCCUUGUUGGUGGCCUCCUUCUUACCUGU